CUGCUGCGUCGACGGCCCCUCCUGCAGGAGUUUCACGUCUGGCUGUUGCAAAUGCCAACAAGAGGCAGAGGAAAGGAGGAUUAUUAGUAACGGAACUCCCUUUCCUGGGAAUAAGGUUAUUCUGUGAAACUUUACAGGGGAAUUUUCACAGUCUGGGCUGGAUGAGCUCUGCUUCUGGGGUGUUGGGAUCCAGGGCCCACCAUACUAACGAUAAAGAAGAAAAAACAGGCAUCAAACUAUUUACAGCCAAGGGAACUACACCAUCUUGCUGAUCCAGAAGAGGAGAAGUGGAGCAUGGUGCAGAUUGUGAUUUCCAGUGAUGGGGCUGAUGGCCUGGCAGAGUGGGUGCUGAUGGAGCUGCAGGGAGAGAUUGAGGCUCGCUACAGCACCGGACUGGCUGGAAACCUCCUGGGAGACCUGCAUUACACCAGAGAGGGGGUCCCUGUGCUCAUCGUGGGCCAUCACAUUCUUUAUGGGAAGGUAGUACGCCUGGAGAAGCCCUUCGCCGUCCUCACCAAACGUGGUGCCAGCGAGCACGGCUGUGACCACGGCCCCACGGGGGCAGCUGCCCACUACCUGGUGACCGCUCUGAUCAAGACCAAGCUCCUCUUCAAAACCCGCCCCAAGCCCAUCAUUACCAGCGUGCCCAAAAAAGUAUGA